CGGAGAUUGCACCACUGCACUCUAGCCUGGGAGACAGAGCAAGACUCUGUCUCAAAAAAAAAGAAAGAACUCUGUGAGCAUCUCAAAUGCCACAUCCCCAUAAUGCAACCAGACCCAGUCCUCCUAGAUCUAGGGGAAGGGUUGGAGCUCAGUGGGUGAGCAAGAAAAGCCAUGUGGAAGAAGUCAGUGGCCAGAUGGCUCAAAGACAAACUCUCCCCUGCUCAGGCUUCCACCCAGACACGACACCAUGCAUCUCCUCGGCCCCUGGCUCCUGCUCCUGGUUCUAGAAUACUUGGCUUUCUCUGACUCAAGUAAAUGGAAUAUUGAGCACCCUGGAACCAUCUACGCCUGGGAGGGGGCCUGCGUCUGGGUCCCCUGCACCUACAGAGUCCUAGAUGGUGCCCUGGAAACCUUCAUCCUGUUCCACAAUCCUGAGUAUAACCAGAACAUGUCGAAGUUCGAAGGGACCAGACUCUAUGAAAGCACAAAGGAUGGGAAGCUUCCUUCAGGGCAGAAAAGGGUGCAAUUCCUGGGGAACAAGAUUAACAACAACUGCACACUGAGUAUCCACCCAGUGCACGUCAAUGACAGUGGUCAGCUGGGGCUGAGGAUGGUGUCCAAGACUGAGAAAUGGAUGGAACGAAUACACCUCAAUGUCUCCGAAAGGCCUUUUCCACCUCGUAUCCAGCUCCCUCCAAAACUUCAAGAAUCCCAGGAAGUCACUCUGACCUGCUUGCUGAAUUUCUCCUGCUAUGGGUAUCAGAUCCAAUUGCAGUGGUUACUAGAGGGGGUUCCAAUGAGGCAGGCUGCUGUCAUGACCUCCUUGAGCACCAAGUCUGUUUUCACCCGGAGCGAGCUCAAGUUCUCGCCACAGUGGAGUCACCAUGGGAAGAUCGUGACCUGCGAGCUUCACGAUGUGGACGGGAAGGUCCUCUCCGAAGACAUGGUGCAGCUGAACGUGAAGCACACCCCAAAGUUGACGAUCGAGGUCACUCCCAAUGAAACCACAGUGAGGAAGGGGGACUCUGUGACCAUGACCUGCAAGGUCAACAGCAGCAACCCGGAGUACACGACGGUAUCCUGGCUCAAGGAUGGCAUCCCGCUGAAGGAGCAGAAUACGCUCAUGCUAACCCUGCACAAAGUGACCAAGUCCCAGAGUGGGAGGUACUGCUGUAGGGUCUCCAAUGACGUGGGCCCGGCAACGUCGGAAAAAGUGUUCCUGCAAGUACAGUGUGAGCCCCUCGCAGCUGGGGAUGGGCCAGGCAGGGAGGUAGCAGGGGUGGACCCGGAGAGGCAAGCUACGGGGGCUCUCGGGACCGUGUGCACAGAUUGGGG